CGAAUAAUAAAGAAAUAAUUAUCGGCAGCGAAAGCGGCUAAUCGGCGAACAGAUCGCCGUCCGGUGGCUGCUCCGGCGACCGCGGCCGGCGGCUGGUCCCAUGUACUCCGCCGCUCGCCGCCUCCUCACCGCCCGCGUGGGCUCCUGCGCCGGCCCGCGGCUGUCCGCGGCGGCGGCGGGGACGGUGUUUGCGACCCGCUUCUGCUCCACCACGGCGCGGUCCCCGUCGCCGCGUCGGUUCCCGACGCCUAAGGAGAUCCGCAGGGGCUUGGACGAGUUCGUCGUCGGCCAGGACAAGGCCAAAAAGGUGCUUUGUGUUGCUGUGCACAACCACUACAAGAGGAUAUACAAUGAAUCUUCAAAUAAGUGUUAUGUUAGUUCGAGUGGUGAGGAUGACAUUGAACUUGAAAAAAGUAACAUCCUUCUGGUUGGGCCAACAGGAUCAGGCAAAACAUUGCUAGCCAAAACUUUAGCUCGGUUUGCGGAUGUUCCAUUCGUGAUUGCAGAUGCAACCGCAAUUACACAGGCUGGGUAUUCAGGUGAAGACGUCGAAUCUAUAAUUUGCAACCUUCUGGUGGCUGCUAACUUCAAUGUUGAAGCCACAGAGCGCGGGAUUGUUUACAUUGAUGAAGUUGAUAAACUCAUAAAGAAGGUUGAAUGCCAUGAGGACAGGAGGGAUGUCUCUGGAGAGGGUGUCCAGCAUGCUUUGUUAAAAAUAUUUGAAGGAACAGUUAUCAAUGUGCCAAGAAAAAGAAAUCAAGAUAAUAUAUCCGAUGGUCAUGUCGAGGUUAAUACCAAAAAUAUACUCUUCAUCUGUGGAGGUUCCUUCUCUGGCUUGGGAAAGAUAGUAUCAGAAAGACGCCAAAACUGCCAUUUGGGGUUUGGACUUCCAGCAUCUGGUGAUUUGCGGAACUGUGGCUGGACAAAUGCUCUCGGGGAAUCAUGCUAUGUUGAAUCUAUUGAAAAUGAUGACCUGAUCGCGUACGGCCUCAUACCAGAAUUUAUUGGGAGGUUGCCAAUAACAGUUGGCUUGAAUGGUCUCACUGAAGCUCAAUUGGUUCAGAUUCUCAUGGAGCCAAAAAAUGCAAUAGGAAAACAAUACAAGAAGUUGUUCAAAAUGAACAAUGUCAAGCUGCAUUUUACUGAAAAUGCUUUGCGGCUAAUAGCAAAGAAAGCAGCUGCACGACAAACAGGAGCUCGAGAACUGAGAUCUAUAAUGGAAGAUAUUUUGACAGAAGCAAUGUUCGAGAUUCCUGAUGCACGGGAGGGAAAAGAGAAGAUAAUUGCUGUUCUUGUUGAUGAAGAGUCUGUAGGGUCACUGCAUUCUCGAGGAUGUGGAGCCAAGAUUUUCCGUGAUGAUGGGGCCUUAGAGCUGUAUGUUUACCAGAACAAUAUCAGACUGCCAGGGUUAAUCCAAGGGAACCCUAAACGUACUCGCAUUUUAAGUAUCUGCCUUUUAGUCGCUUUGUCUGCAACUAAGCUGUGGGUUUACCAUACAUUUCACUGUUUCUCCUCGAUUUACGAAUGGGUUGUAUCCAUACUAUGUAAAGCCAACAUAUUUACACAAUAAAGUAUAGUAUUAAGCUUUAGUAUUUU